CUGCGCAGCUGCGCGGUCACAGUCCACGUCCAGCCGAGAACAGCGUGAGAAGCUCGGCGACAUGAAAGACGCGCUUACCUGUGGGAGGAGCGCGCGCACCUGCGGACCCCGCCCACCCCGCCGCCGGGACCGCAGCCCGUGGCCCCGACCGGACGCCGCAGCCGCGGACGCCCCAGUCAUGGACGCAGGUGCUCAACCCCCCGCCGACCGCGGAGUGCAGCUCCUGGACAUCAGCUCCAACUUCCCCGCGUCGGAGCGCGGAGGCGAGCCCGUGCCGCCGCGGGAGAAGCCGCCGUACUCCUACGUGGCUCUCAUCGCCAUGGCCAUCGAGGACGGCCCGGAGCGGCGGCAGACGCUCAGCGGCAUCUACCAGUACAUCGUCGCCAAGUUCCCCUACUACGAGAAGAACCAGAAGGGCUGGCAGAACAGCAUCAGACACAACUUGUCCCUGAACGAGUGCUUCGUCAAGGUGCGCAGGGACAGCGGCGGGGACAGGAAGGGCAACUACUGGAUGCUGGACCCCGCCUUCCACGAGAUGUUCGAGCGGGGCAACUACCGGCGGCGCAGGCGGGUGAGGAGACCCAACAGACCCCCGAGCGCGCCCCACCUGCCCCCCGAGCCUCUCUACCUGCCGCCCUACGUGGGCAGCUCCUGGGCUCUGUGCCCGCCCCAGCCCGGCGCGUCGGAGCCGACCGGGUACCCAGCGCCGCAGGUCAUCGCCGGACACCCCCGGGGCCUGUCGCCCGGCGGCGCGGCGGGCUCCUACUACCCGCCCCUGCACUUCCAACACCCGCACUACGGCGCGUACCACCGCCCCCUGCCCGUGCUGGUGCCCCACAGCGGCUGCCCCUACGGCGGCGUGACGCAGCCGAUGAGCCCCGACGGAGGCACCGUGUCCGUGGCGUGCAACUACCAGCAGUUGACCCCUUAUUCUCGGCCGGCGGAGGCACAAGUGGUUCUUUCGUUCGAGCAGUAGAGUCUCAGCGACGGUCAGACAGUUCCCAGACUCACAGGUCAGCUGUUUUCACCAUGCUCAGUUGGGCUGUCAUCCACUCGUCGGGUUAAGGUUCCACCUGUUUGUUGGUUCGACAGGGUGUUAGUUUCACUUGUCGACUAGGUGACCCUGUUAAAAAGGGUUUUUGCUCAUCUUUUUUUUUUCUUCCAUGCUACACUUUUAAAUGACAAGUAUUACUGUCAGAACGUUUAGCAUUUUGCUUCAGAAAUGGCAUUGAUCAAGUGCGAGUUUAAAAGGGCAGCUGUAUAGUGGCCAGUAAGACGCAGUUUAUGCCUUAUUUUACAAUCAAAUUCCCUUUUUUUAUUGCUUUAUUUUUAAAAGCAUUUUUGAAAAGGCUUCUACAAGUGUAGCUGUGUUAUUUAUUUAUUUUCUCUGAUUUUAUACAAUUUUCCGAGCUGCAACAUGCAAUAGUGGUGACAGUGAAGCACUGAUCAGUUUUCAUGUUUUCAAGAAUGUUAAGAUGUUUGUUCAAAUAAAUUUCUAUUUUUUACAUUU